AACGAUACUCGGUAAAUAUCGGUAAGUAAACCGCUGUAGUAUGGUUAGGUUUGUUUUCGUCGCAGCUGCAUUUGAAAGUAUCGCGAUGUUUGAUGACUGAGAUCUCGCGAGACGUGGUGACAGAAGGGGGGCGUAUGCCUGACAUGUCGACUGUGAUAUUGACGUAUUUGUUUAAUUUUAAUGUUUAAACUUCAUUUCUGCACUUUUUGGUGGAUAAAACGUUUCAUUCGGUUAUAAAAAAUGUCUGAUGACGAGAAGCCGAGCACUUCAACAGCGCGGGAGGUCGAAAAAGAGCAAAAAGAGCAGGAUCAGCCGUUUCAGCUCAGGCUUCCUCCGAAAGUAUCAGUGAAGGAUGGCAGAGUGGAUCCUGAGUAUGAACAGAAAAGAAGGCUGGACGAGGCGAACCGGUUUGAGUAUUUGCUGCAGCAGACCGAGCUCUUCGCUCACUUUGUUAAGCCGGCGGGGGUGAAAUCACCCACCUCUCCUCUACAGCUGAAGGCCGGCCGACCUCGCACCAGACCGGACGAGAGACAGAGCCUGCUGUCCGUAGCCGAUAAUCGACAUCGGCGUACGGAGCAGGAGGAAGACGAGGAGCUUCUGUCGGAAAGCAGAAAAGCUGCUAAUAUUCUGGUCCGAUUCGAGGAGUCGCCAUCAUAUGUGAAGAACGGAGCUCUGAGGGAUUAUCAGGUUAGAGGACUGAACUGGAUGAUUUCUCUCUAUGAGAACGGCAUCAACGGAAUCCUGGCUGAUGAAAUGGGUUUGGGUAAAACUCUGCAGACCAUCGCGCUGCUGGGGUACCUGAAGCACUACCGGAACAUUCCGGGCCCCCACAUGGUGCUGGUACCCAAAUCAACUCUGCACAACUGGAUGAACGAGUUCAAGCGCUGGGUUCCUUCGCUCAAAGCCGUCUGCCUCAUCGGAGACAAAAACGCCCGGGCGGCAUUCAUCCGCAACGUGAUGAUGCCGGGCGAGUGGGACGUGUGCGUGACGUCGUACGAGAUGGUGAUCCGGGAAAAGUCCGUCUUUAAGAAGUUUAACUGGAGGUACCUGGUCAUCGACGAGGCUCAUCGCAUCAAAAACGAGAAGUCGAAGCUGUCGGAGAUCGUUCGCGAGUUUAAGACGACGAAUCGGCUCUUACUGACGGGAACGCCGUUACAGAACAACCUGCACGAGCUCUGGUCCCUGCUCAACUUCCUGCUGCCCGACGUCUUUAACUCCGCCUCCGACUUUGAUUCGUGGUUCGACACUAACAACUGUCUGGGAGAUCAGAAGCUGGUGGAGAGACUGCACAUAGUGCUGCGUCCGUUCCUGCUGCGUCGUAUCAAACAGGACGUGGAGAAGAGUCUUCCUCCAAAGAAGGAAGUAAAGAUCUACCUGGGACUGAGUAAAAUGCAGAGGGAAUGGUACACACGUAUCCUGAUGAAGGACAUCGACAUCCUGAACUCGGCAGGUAAGAUGGAUAAGAUGCGCCUGUUGAACAUCCUGAUGCAGCUGAGGAAGUGCUGUAAUCACCCGUACCUGUUCGACGGAGCCGAGCCGGGCCCGCCCUACACCACCGACACCCACCUGGUCACCAACAGCGGCAAGAUGCUCCUCCUGGACAAGCUGCUGCCCAAACUCCACGAGCAGGAUUCUCGCGUGCUGAUUUUCAGUCAGAUGACGCGUGUGUUGGACAUUCUGGAGGACUACUGCAUGUGGAGAGGAUUCGAGUACUGCAGACUGGACGGAAACACACCACAUGAAGACAGACAGGAAGCGAUCGAGACGUUCAACGCUCCGAACAGCUCAAAGUUCAUCUUCAUGUUGAGCACCCGCGCGGGAGGACUGGGCAUCAACCUGGCAACCGCCGACGUCGUCAUACUGUACGACUCGGACUGGAACCCGCAGGUGGACCUGCAGGCCAUGGAUCGAGCGCACAGAAUCGGCCAGAAGAAGCCGGUUCGAGUGUUCAGACUCAUUACUGACAACACGGUGGAGGAGAGGAUCGUGGAGAGAGCCGAGAUGAAGCUACGCCUCGAUUCUAUAGUCAUACAGCAAGGUCGUCUGAUCGAGCAGCAGAACAAGCUGGGGAAGGACGAGAUGCUGCAGAUGAUCAGACACGGCGCGACGCACGUCUUCGCCUCUAAGGACAGUGAGCUGACCGACGAGGACAUCGACUCCAUCCUGCAGAGAGGAGCCAAAAAGACCGCAGAGAUGAAGGAGCGGAUGCAGAAGCUUGGUGAAAGCUCUCUGAGAACCUUCACCAUGGAUACGGGCGCUACAGAGACCAGCCUGUACAAGUUUGAGGGUGAGGAUUACCGAGAAAAACAGAAGCUGAACAUGAUGGAGUGGAUCGAGCCGCCGAAGCGAGAGAGGAAAGCAAACUACGCCGUGGACGCCUACUUCAGAGAGGCGCUCCGAGUCUCCGAACCCAGAGCUCCAAAAGCUCCUCGACCCCCUAAGCAGCCCAACAUUCAGGAUUUCCAGUUUUUCCCACCACGUCUGUUCGAGCUGCUGGAGAUGGAGAUCCUGCACUACAGAAAGACCAUCGGAUACAAGGUCCCGAAGCCUUCCGACGUCCCGAACGCUGCUCAGGUGCAGAGAGAGGAACAGAGGAAGAUCGAUGAAGCAGAACCCCUCACGCCCGAGGAGAACGAGGAGAAAGAGAAGCUGCUCACACAGGGAUUCACGAACUGGAACAAGCGCGACUUUAACCAGUUCAUCAAAGCGAACGAGAAGUACGGCCGAGACGACAUCGACAGCAUCGCCCGCGAGGUGGAGGGUAAAACUCCCGAAGAGGUGAUCGAGUAUUCAGCGGUGUUCUGGGAGCGCUGCAAUGAGCUGCAGGACGUGGAGAGGAUCAUGGCUCAGAUCGAAAGAGGAGAAGCUCGAAUCCAGAGACGCAUCAGCAUCAAAAAAGCGCUGGACCUGAAGAUAGCGCGCUAUAAAGCUCCCUUCCACCAGCUGAGGAUCCAGUACGGUACGAACAAAGGAAAGAACUACACCGAGGAGGAGGACCGUUUUUUGACCUGCAUGCUGCACAAGGUAGGAUUCGAUAAGGAGAACGUGUACGAGGAACUGCGCCAGUGCGUGAGGAACACUCCACAGUUCCGCUUCGACUGGUUCAUCAAGUCCAGAACCGCCAUGGAGCUGCAGAGACGCUGUAACACUCUCAUCUCUCUGAUCGAGAAAGAAAACCUGGAGAUCGAGGAGAAAGAAAAAGCUGAGAAAAAGAAAAGAACAUCCAAAACAGACGCACGUAAUAAGAGGAAAGCUGAAAUGUUGUCAGACAGGAAGGACAAAAAAGCCAAAACCUGAUUUUGUUGUUUAGAGAUUUUAUAUUUCACUUCUUUCUUACCAAGCAGCUACACACCAAACUAAUUCUGACUGUUCAUCAUCGUCAUCAGCAAAAAAGAGAAGAUAUUAUUAUACAAAACAAAUGUGUGUGUUUCUUUGUGCUUUAUUGCGUUAGAUGUUUUUGUUAGCUUUGCAUUUUAACAGGUUAAAAAAAAAGAAAUCGUUUUAUGUUUUAUAAAAAAUUGUGCUUUGAUGUUACUGAUGUUUAAUGAUAAAAAAAGUCUUUUUGUUCUUGUUAAAGUCGCAUGUGUACGUCUAGUUCUCUCUCAAAUAUCUAAACGUUCACUUGCGCACUUUUUUACUCUUGUAUUCUGUAAUUUUAUUCUCGAAACUUUUUCUCAGACCAGAAAAGAUUAGGAUUAUUUAUGCAAGACAAUCAAUUCAAUUCAAAAAGACAGAUUUUAAAAGCCAGUAUCACAUUUAUAACAACACAAAAGAUUCAGCGAGAGCUACAAUAGUAAAAUUUACAAUGUGAUGUUUUAACAAUGUGGCAGCUAGCGCAAGUUAAUAGACACAACACCAAUGUUUAUUGUUUAAUGUUUUAUUGACAAAAAAUAGCCCAAAUGUGCUUUGUUAAGGCAUAAUUUUACUUAUUAUUAGCACAUCUAUCAGGAAAAUGUGUAUAUCUAACAAUGGAUUUCAAUUUUAAUAUUAAUUAUUAUUCAUUAGUGUUGGAUUUAACUCAUUUAGGCUCAUUCAUACUUUGAAUUUACUGGUAUCAUAAACUAAUCCGGAUCUUUUCUGCACUGAGAUGAGGUUUUUAAUGUUAAUGUACAAAUUUAAUACAAAUUGUUCAUCUUUGUAUCUCCAAGUUUAGUGUUAUUAAAAAAAGAGACCACAA